AUGUUUUACAUUGUCGCGGAAGCUACCAUACUGAGACUGUGUUCCUCCCCUUUCUCCCGUUGGCAGUUGGAUCUCAUCUCUCUUAAUGCUCAGAUCAAGCGCACGACCUCACACUUGGAGAGUCGAUACGUCGACGGUGGGGACGACUUCGGCGGUGGCUCGAGCCGCUGGCUCUCUCCCUUUAUCGAGCGCUACGGUCCUGGAAAGAAGCGCGACGUGACUAUGGAGGGAGUCGACUCCGACGGCCGACCCGAGAAAAUCACCUUCACGCUCCACGACAACCCAGUGGACGGGUAUGACGGCCCUGAGGAUCACGACGGAUGCAUUGACCUCUGCACCGACUUUGCUGAACGCAUCGUGGCAAACCUGGAGAGGAGGCUGGGUGACCUAGACUCACUGUCUGUUGUCAGGCUGUUCAUGCCUGAUGAGUGGCCGAAGGGCAAGCCGGAGCGACAUGCACGAUGUGUGGAGUGGUUGCUGUCGCUGGUGACGCUGUUCAAGGCCCAAGAUUCGGAGGAGAUUCUGCCAGGGCAGCAGGGCAGCAGGGCGCGCGGGGCGCGCAGGGCUGCAGGGCGCGCGGGGCGCACAGGGCAGCAGGGCAGCAGGGCGCGCGGGGCCCAGCAGGGCUGCAGGGCGUGCGGGGCGCACAGGGCAGCAGGGCGCACAGGGCUGCAGGGCAGCAGGGCGCGCAGGGCAGCAGGACAGCAGGGCGCGCGGGGCGCGCAGGGCUGCAGGGCGCGCGGGGCGCACAGGGCAGCAGGGCGCACAGGGCUGCAGGGCAGCAGGGCGCGCAGGGCAGCAGGACAGCAGGGCGCGCGGGGCACGCAGGGCUGCAGGGCGCGCGGGGCGCACAGGGCAGCAGGGCAGCAGGGCGCGCGGGGCGCAGCAGGGCUGCAGGGCGCGCAGGGCUGCAGGGCAGCAGGGCAGCAGGGCGCGCGGGGCGCGCGGGGCGCACAGGGCAGCAGGGCGCGCAGGGCUGCAGAUCCCCUCCCCCCACCGCUGCACUCGCAGCAGGGGGAUGGAGGAGAAGUGGGGGGGGGCUGGGGGGGGGCUGGUGCUGCAGAUCCCCUCCCCCCACUGCUGCACCCGCAGCAGGGGGAUGGAGGAGAAGGGGGGGGGGGGGGGGGGGGGGGGGCUGGUGCUGCAGAUCCCCUCCCCCCCACUGCUGCACCCGCAGCAGGGGAAUGGAGGAGAAAGGGGGGGGCUGGGGGGGGCGGGCUGGUGCUGCAGAUCCCCUUCCCCCCACUGCUGCACCCGCAGCAGGGGAAUGGAGGAGAAAGGGGGGGCGGGGGGGCUGGUGCUGCGGAUCCCUUCCUGCCACCCUUUGAACCUCCAAGAUCCCGCCACCCCCAUACCCCACUGCUGCAGCCGCAGCAGGGGGAUGGAGGAGAAAGGGGGGGGGCGGAGGGGGCUGGUGCUGCAGAUCCCCUCCCCCCACUGCUGCACCCGCAGCAGGGGGAUGGAGGAGAAGGGGGGGAGGGGGGGGGGGGGGGGGGGCGGGGGGGGGGGGCUGGUGCUGCAGAUCCCCUCCUCCCACUCCUGCACCCACAGCAGGGGAAUGGAGGAGAAAGGGGGGCGGGGGGGCUGGUGCUGCAGAUCUCCUCCCCCCUACUGCUGCACCCACAGCAGGGGAAUGGAGGAGAAGAGGGGGGGGGGGGGCGGGGGGGGGCUGGUGCUGCAGAUCCCUUCCUGCCACCCCUUGAACCUCCAAGAUCCCGCCACCCCCAUACCCCCCCCCCACUGCUGCACCCGCAGCAGGGGGAUGGAGGAGAAAAAAAAGGGGGGGGGAGGGGGCGGAGGGGGCUGGUGCUGCAGAUCCCCUCCCCCCCACUGCCGCACCCGCAGCAGGGGGAUGGAGGAGAAGGGGGGGGGGCGGGGGGGGGCUGGGAGAUGGAGGAAAAGGGGGGGGGGGGGGGGGGGGGGGGCGGAGGGGCGUCAAUCGCGGGCGUAGGGGCGUCGGGCGAUGGGCCGGGGCGCGUGGGCUAG